AUGGACUUCACUCAAAGUUUACUUCUCGCCUCUCUCUUUCUCAUUAUCUCUAUCAAGUUCUUGUUCACAAGAUCCAACCGGAAACUCAAUCUUCCUCCUUCUCCGGCCUACUCUUUACCGGUUAUCGGCCACCUCCACCUCCUCAAGAACCCGAUCCACAAAACAUUCAUCUCACUCUCUCGAUCUCUCGGGAAUGCUCCCAUCUUCCGCCUCCGCCUCGGAAGCCGCCUCGUUUACGUUAUCUCCUCACAUACCAUAGCCGAAGAAUGCUUCACCACAAACGACGCCAUUCUUGCGAACCGUCCUGCGCUUAUCAUGGGCGAACACGUCGGCUACAACUCCACCAUCAUGAUAGGAGCACCUUACGGCGACCACUGGAGAAACCUCCGCCGCAUCGCCGCCGUCGAGAUAUUAUCGUCUCAUAGGAUCAGCACCUUUAUGUCUGUCCGCAAAGACGAGAUCCGACGGCUCAUUACACACCUCUCCAAAAACUCCUUACACGGAUUUGUUGAAGUGGAGAUGAAAUCAUUACUAUCCAACCUGGCAUUCAACAACAUCAUCAUGAUGGUAGCCGGAAAACGAUAUUACGGUGGCGGCAUCGACGACAACGACGAGGCCAAACUCGUAAGGGAACUUAUAUCGGAGGUGGUGAUUGGCACCGGUCCUGGAAACCUAGCUGACUAUCUUCCGUUCCUAGGUUGGAUCACAGGUUUUGAGAAACGUGCCAAAAAUUUGGGGAAACGGUUUGAUGGAUUCUUGCAAAAACUAGUUGAUGAGAAACGUGCCGAGAAAAAACAUGGUCAAACUUUGAUCCAUCAAUUACUUUCUCUUCAAGAAACCCAACCUGAGUAUUAUACUGACGUCAUCAUCAAAGGAAUCAUACUCGCUCUGGUAAUCGCUGGGACAGACACGUCAGGAGUGACGUUAGAGUGGGCGAUGUCGAGUUUGUUGAACCAUCCAGAGAUACUUAAGAAAGCAAGAGCCGAAAUCGAGGAGAAAAUCGGUUUAGACCGGUUAAUCGACGAAUCAGACAUUGUAAAACUUCCUUAUCUCCAAAACAUCGUGUCCGAAACGCUACGUUUGUACCCUGCGGCGCCUCUGCUACUCCCUCAUUUCUCAUCGGAAGAUUGUAAAGUGGCCGGAUACGACAUGCCGCGUGGCACGAUCUUGUUGACGAACGCAUGGGCCAUGCACAGAGAUCCGGAGCUGUGGGACGAGCCAGAGAGGUUCAAGCCGGAGAGAUUCGAGAAAGUGGAAGAAGAUGCUCAAAAGCUAUUACCGUUUGGGAUGGGACGACGAGCUUGUCCUGGAGCAGAGCUUGGGAAGCGGUUAGUGAGCCUGGCUCUCGGGUGUUUGAUUCAGUGCUUCGAGUGGGAGAGAGUUGGUGAAGAGCUUGUGGACAUGACCGAAGGCAAUGGGGUCACUAUGCCUAAAGCUAUUCCGUUGCGAGUCAUGUGCAAGGCACGUGGCUUCCCUCCGAUGAAACCGGUGUGA